AUGAACCUGCACCUGAGGGUGGGUGAGGAAGAUGGGCCUAUCGUUGAGGAUGAUGACUACGAUGAUGAAGACAGUGAUGAGAAUGAGGAUGAAAACAAUGACGAUGAUGUUGAGGGAGGUGAUGCUAGUGAAAGAUCUAGGCAGAUCAGGAGUGAGAAGAAGAGCAGGAAAGCCAUGGAGAAGCUUGGCAUGAAGACCAUUACUGGUGUGAGCCGUGUAACUAUCAAGAAGAACAAGACCAGCCAUGGAGAAGUUACGUUUGUCCUCUCCAAGCCAGAUGUCUUCAAGACUUCGCACUCAGAAACCUAUGUCAUUUUCGGGGAGGUCAAGUUCGACGACGUGAACUAUCAGCUGCAGACACAAGUGGCAGAGCAGUUCAAGGCGCCCGGCCUUAGCAGCAUGAACUCGAAGGGUGAGCCAUCCAUGGCAGCUGUCCAAGACGACGAGGAGGUCGACGAGACGGGCGUUGACAAGAAGGACAUCGAGCUCGUGAUGAUGCAGGCCUCCGUGUCGAGAUCCAGCGCCGUGGAGGCACUCAAGGCUGCAGAUGGUGACAUCGUCAGUGCCAUCAUGGAGUUGACGAAUUAG